AUGGAAACUUUAGCUCGUCACUCCGUUAAAUUAUGCCCUUUUAUGCAAAGGGCCAGUUCCUCUGCCAAAGAUGUUCAGUUAUUGCGUAAUUUCAAUAUGCGUGCGAUAGCGCAGGAAUGCCCUGUUGUCGGAAAGGCCAUGCGGAAAAGAACCGUUGGCAAUAGUGGUGCCGCUAGAACCUAUGCUACUGCCUCUGCUGCUCGUGUUACACCAGAUCCAGCUUCAGAUUCCGCCGUUGAUAGUGUCAUUGACCACUCCACUCAGGAGUCGUCGUUUGAUUUCGAAGGCCUAUUCGAAUCUGAUAUCGAAAAGAAAAGGUUAGAUAACUCUUACCGUUAUUUCAACAACAUUAAUCGUCUAGCCCGUGAAUUCCCAAUGGCGCAUCGUCAGCUAGAGGAUGACAAAGUUACAGUAUGGUGCUCGAACGAUUAUUUGGCGCUGUCCAAGAAUGAGGAAAUAGUCAGUGUCAUGAAGAAAACGCUGGACAAAUAUGGUGCAGGCUCCGGUGGUACCAGAAAUAUCGCUGGACAUAAUAGACAUGCGAUGAAAUUGGAAGCUGAGAUUGCCGCUUUGCAUAAGAAGGAGGGUGCAUUAGUUUUUUCGUCCUGUUUUGUAGCCAAUGAUGCUGUUCUAUCCUUGCUAGGUCAAAAGAUCAAGGAUUUAGUUAUCUUUUCUGAUGAAUUGAAUCACGCCUCUAUGAUUGUUGGAAUUAAACAUGCUAAUACCACUAAACAUAUUUUCAGACAUAACGAUUUGAAUCAUUUGGAAGAAAUGUUGCAGAUGUAUCCUAAAUCCACUCCUAAAUUAAUUGCCUUUGAAUCUGUCUAUUCGAUGUCGGGUUCUGUAUCAGAUAUUGCAAAAAUUUGCGAUUUAGCCGACAAGUAUGGAGCAUUAACUUUCUUGGAUGAAGUUCAUGCAGUGGGUUUGUAUGGUCCUCAUGGAGCAGGUGUUGCGGAGCACUGCGAUUUUGAAGCACAUCGUUUACACGGUAUAUCUUCCGUUAAAGGUUACAAAACCGUUAUGGAUCGUGUUGAUAUGAUCACUGGUACAUUGGGAAAAUCAUUUGGUACAGUUGGUGGCUAUGUUGCAGCAUCAAGAAAACUGAUUGAUUGGUGCAGAUCAUAUGCACCUGGCUUUAUUUUUACUACCACUUUACCACCAGCUGUUAUGGCAGGUGCUGCGGAAGCUAUUAGAUUUCAACGUCGUCACUUGGAGUUGAGGCAACAGCAACAAAAGCACACCACUUACGUCAAAGAAGGUUUUGAGGAUUUGGGUAUUCCAGUGAUUCCAAAUCCAUCACACAUUGUUCCCGUUCUUAUCGGUAACGCUGAACUGGCCAAACAAGCGUCUGAUUUAUUAAUGGAGAAUCAUCGUAUUUAUGUUCAAGCUAUUAAUUUCCCUACGGUUGCUCGUGGUACCGAAAGAUUAAGAAUUACACCAACUCCUGGUCAUACAGAUGAUCUAUCAGAUAUCUUGUUGGAUGCAGUUGAUGAUGUUUUCAAUCGCUUGCAAUUACCUCGCGUAAGAGAUUGGGAAACUCAAGGUGGUAUUCUAGGAGUUGGCGAAAAGAAUUUCAUCGAAGAAGAAAACCUAUGGACUGAGGAACAAUUGAGACUGACAAACAAGUCAUUGAAUCCAAAUGUUAAGGACCCCGUUAUCGAUCAACUAGAGGUGUCAAGCGGUAUUUUAGUUUAG